AUGCGUAGCCUCUCGUUCCCAUUCUCAUUCGCGCUGUUGGUGGCUGGAAUUGCCUUAGCCCAAACCCCAGCUGGGUUCGUCCCGGAGGUCGCAGACAAACUCGAGAUUGUGUUUGGAACAAAAACCGUGGAAACACCGGGCGCAAGCCUUGAGAAGACAGACACGGCGAACCAACCCACGAUUGGGACCAGCGAUGCGCCCCUGACGGGUCCGUCGUAUCUGUGGAUGAUGAUAGAUAUCGACGUACCAACCAACUUCCAAAACCCCUCCACCGGAGGCCGCCAAACCAACCUACACUCCCUCCUCACCGGCUUCACCCCCUCUACCACAAACCCCGAGGAAGGAGGUAUCUACACCCUCACUCCUCCCUCCUCUUCUUCAGACGGAUCUGCCGUCGUCCCCUACGUCGGCCCCGCUCCUCCGGCCGAGAACCCGCCGUACCCACAUCGGUAUGUGAGCUUGCUGUAUGAGACCGAGGACGGGUUUAUGGUACAGCGCGAGCAGGUGGGACAGACGUUGGGGUUUGAUCUGUCGUUGUUUGUGGAGAAGGUUGGGUUGGGGACGCCUGUGAGGGCGGGGUAUUUUAAUGUGACUGGGUGA